AUGGCCGACAACAUGAUCGAAGAGCCUAUCGUCGAAGCAACACCAGCAGAAGAGCUGCCCGCGAAGCUCGAACAGCUCAAGGCAAACGCAACGAAAGAGUACUCCCUCAAGCACUACGAUGCGGCCGCCGAGAUCUACAGCGAUGCGGCCGCGGUGCAGGACCAGAUCAACGGCGAGAUGGCAGUCGAGAACGCAGAUCUGCUCUACCAGUACGGCCGCUGUCUGUACCACGUUGCCGUCGCGUCAGCAGACGUGCUUGGCGGAAAGGUCGCUGGUAGCGGAGAGCCAAAGCGAAAGAAGCGCAAGACCUCACAUGCGGAGAGCAGGAGUGCACCAUUGACAAACGGCGGCGAGGGCGAGAGUGGUGGCUCGCUCAUCGCCGAUGCGAUCAAGUCUGGCGAGCAAAAGACGGCUGAGGAAGUGGUGGAAGCUGUUGUGGAUGAGAAGGAUGGUGCGGUGCAGGAGGAGCCCACUUCGUCGAAUCCAUUCUUCAACAUCACCGGCGACGACAACUUCACAGACUCAGAGGACGAGGAUGAACAGGGCGAUGGGCGGGAAGAAGAGGAGGAUGACUUCCAGACCGCGUACGAAGUGCUCGAUAUGGCGCGGAUCCUAUUCACGCGAAAGCUGCAAGCACUGUCAGAUUCGAAAGGAAAGAGCUCAGCAGAAGACUCAGACACACGGCAACUGCGAGAACGUCUCGCGGACACUCACGAUCUACAAGCCGACAUAUCUCUUGAGAACGAGCGUUUCCAGGAUGCUGUAAAGGACACGCAGGACGCUCUAGCCCUCAAACUUCAGCUCUAUCCGGAGGAAAGCAGUCUCGUGGCAGAAGGACACUACAAGCUCUCACUUGCCCUCGAAUUUGCAUCGGUCAAGGCUACUCGGGAGAACAAAGACGGCGAAGCACAAGUCGCCGAAGUAGAUGAGGAAAUGCGCGAGCAGGCAGCAAGAGAGAUGGAGCUCGCGAUCGCGUCUUGCAAUCUACGCAUAAGCAAAGAAGAGGCGAAGAUGGCUAGCAUGGGCGAAGCUGAAGCGAAAGCGCAGGAGAAGGAGACUGCAGACGUCAAAGACAUGGUUACAGAGAUGGAACAGCGCUUGACAGACCUACGCCAACCACCCACAGCACUCGGUGGCCUGGGCCCAGCCGGCGCACCUGGUACCGACGAAGAUGCGCUUCGGGGUGUUCUGGGCGCAAUGCUAGGCGAGAGCAAAGCAGACCAGGCGAAGCGGCUACAGGAGGCGACGCAGAACGCAAACGACCUGACUGGUAUGGUCAAGAAGAAGAAGCCUAAGCCGGCGGCUGCGGAGCCUGUGGUAGAGGGCAAGGGUAAGCGAAAGGCGGAAGAUGUGGUUGAGGGCGCGACGAAUGGCACAGCUAAUGGGAAGAAGGUCAAGUUCUCUGAGGGCACGAAGACUGAGGAUGGAGAUGGAGAGGAGCCGACACUGAUUGCGGAUAACUAG